AUGUCUAAACGCCAAGAUUUAAGUGCUAAACAGAAGUGCGAUUUAUUAAAAUCAUACGACGUGCUUCCAAAAAUUAGUUUACGUGAUGCCGCAGCUCGUUUAAACGUUUCUCAUUGCACAUUAAAUAGAAUUUUAAAAAACCGUUCGAAUAUUGAACGCGCAAUAAUGGUCAAUGAAUGUGAUAGUCGGAAAAGAAAAAGAGCAGGAAAAGAAGAAGUUGUAGACAAAGCGUUAAAGGAAUGGUUCUUACAAGUAAGGAAAAAAGAUGCCCGUAUUAAUGGUCCACUUUUACGCCAAAAAGCAGAAGACCUGGCAAAGAAAAUGGGGAAAGACGAUUUUGUUGCGACGGAAGGAUGGUUUCAACGUUGGAAGAAAAGGGAGAACAUCAGCUUCAUUAAAACACAUGGAGAGCAAGGGGAAGCCGAUUUUAGUGCGGCACAAUCGUGGUUUAAAACUCAUUGGACCGAUUUGCUAUCCCAGUACUCCCCCUCUGAUAUUUUCAAUGCCGACGAAACCGGGCUUUAUUUUAGAGCUCUACCUGAGCACAUAUACGCACUCAAACUUGACAAAGCCAAAGGGGCAAAAACGAGCAAAGAGCGACUCACAAUUAUAUGUUGUGUCAGCAUGAACGGGGAAAAACGAAAAUUGAUGGUAAUAGGUAAGAGUCAGAACCCACGGUGUUUUAAGGGAGUGAAAACAUUACCAGUAGAUUACAAGGCAAACAAAAACGCUUGGAUGACUGCAGCAAUUUUCAAAGAUUGGCUGAUCAAUUGGGAUAAAGAGCUCAAUCGGAACAUUUUAUUACUCAUUGAUAAUUGUCCAGCUCAUAUCAUUGACUGCAUAAACUUAAGACACAUAAAAGUUAUUUUCUUACCGGCAAAUACUACUUCGAUCAUUCAACCAUGCGACCAAGGUAUCAUACGCACCUUCAAAGCUUAUUACAGAUCAGCAAUAAGGGGAAAAGUUCUUGCAAUGAUUGAUAAUGGUCUACACGAUGCAUCUUGUUCCUUGCAAGCUAACGAUAUAGCAAAAAAAAUAACCAUUCUUGAUGCUAUUCAUCUAGCAAAAGAAGCAUGGAAUAAAGUAAGUAUGAAGACAAUUCGAAAUUGUUUUCGUCACGGUGGAUUCAAAACAGAUGACAAAACAGACGACAAAACAGACGACGAACACGAACAUAGUUUGCCUGAAAAACCAGUCGAUCUCUCGGAUGAAGUUUAUGGCGAUUGGGUUGAUGUGGACUCACACCUCGAUGUGGCAGAGAUUCAAACAGAAGAAGAGAUUUGUAAUGCGGUAAUGAAUCCUCAAACAAUUGAACGGACCAAUACUGACGAUGAAGAAGAAAACAGCGAGACACCCCUGGCACCGCCAUCAAAUAAGGAAAUUGUAGAAGCUUUAAGUGUCCUCAGGAGAGCUGUUCAGCACCGUGCGGAUGAAAUAGGUUUUGAGCAGCAUUAUUCAUAUGAAAAUAUGGUUAUGGAUACAAAUUUAACAAAUCGCUUAUUAGAAACAAUCGGUUAA